CCGCAGACCUAUUGAGAUGCGAACCGAUCGACCGGUAUCUAAGAGAAGUAAAAGUCGUUCUUCUAUCUAUCGUUCAAGGGCAAGGGGAGAACAUGUAGCGGCUUGCCUAGAUCUCGUAUUUCCACGUAGCUCGUCGGUCAAACCAAUGUUCUCUUCUCAAAGUAAUAGAGAGAGUUUUUUCCGGUAUGUAGUGUAGUUCGCGAGCUAGGAGCGCAUCAUCGGGGCAGGGCGAAACGGUCAUCACUUCUGCUUUCUUGUUUUGUGUCCAGUCCGUUGUGUGUCUUUGUUUUAGGCUUAUCUUAUCCGGGGGCUGCUGUUCUGGGACAGAAAGAAAAUGACAGUUUUUGCUGAGAUCUCACAUCGAGAGCAGCUCCUUCUUGUUCAGGGCGAUCUUCCUCCGACUCCGAGGAAUCGGUCAAGCGAAGCGGGAGGCUACCCUUGCCUCGACUCACCUCUCUCUCUAUGAAAACCCCUCCACUGAGGAGAGCAGAAGCUCCAGGAUGAAUAUGUCCUGGAUUCCCGGAUUCAUUCUCGUCCUGAUCCACAUUUCAAUUUUAGGAAUCUACAAAAACAUUAACGGAAAGGGCUCGUAAUGAUCUUUGAGAAGAUCACAAGGUGCGGAAGUGGCUGGAGGGGGGAGGGGGGGAUCCGUAGGUUUUUUGAAAGGGAUGCUCUUAUCAUGCAUGUUAUUGCUGAUAUGAUAAGAAACCGAAUUCCUAUAUUUUGAUGUCGAUUCAUCCACACUUCCAUUCCUUGCAGAGGAAAGCUAACUGCUUGCUGGCUGGGAGCUGUAUGAGCGGUAACGUCCACGUACGGCUCCGUGAGAAGGUGGACAGAAAUGGCCUUGUUGUACCUCACUCCGCGUCUUCAAUGGGGUCUGCUCUUUUUUUUUUGGGAGAGUAUGCCAAUAUGAUCUUAAUGAGGUGCGGGGCUUUGCAUCUGACAUUCGUUGGGCUUCCCUCUGCGAGAGCCAGCGUCCCGGCGUUUUGUGCAAUAAACCCCUCCGGCCGAAGACUAGUGAUAGGUGGUCCGCGGAG